AUGGAUUGUAUUUUAUGGGUUGUGCUUGCCUGCACUGAGAAGCUCCUUCAUGCGAUAACCAGCCGCCUUAGCGGGCAUGCGCGAUGCGGGGACCAGCAUAGCCACUGUCCCUUGCCUCUGCAAUUCACUCCUAUUCCGCAAGCAUUAUCAUGUAGUUCCCCUUGUUCUGUUCCUGUGAUCGUUUGUCGUUUCCUAUUUUCCUCUCUUUCUUCUUCGUCCCCUCUUCCUGUGCGCCUCCUGCUCCGCUGUGUCAAUGUGAGCGGAGCGCCUCGCCUCAGUCACCGAGGUCCCCCCGGAAUCUGUUGUACUAUCUCGGGCGAGUUGCUGAUAGAUGGAGCGUGCCAUAAUCCUCCACCUGGUCAUUGUGUGUAUGAAGAUGGAAGAUGCUUUGCCGUCCUACCGUGCAGAGCAGCUGAUGACUCGGACAUGGGAACAGAUAUGGUCAAAGACUUUGACGACAAUUGGCUUGAUAUUCCUGCUGGUUGGAAGCCCUACGAAGCAUGCCAGGACUUUGAUCAGGUCGUGUUGCCGAAGGUGAUAGCGGGACACGCCUGGGGUACAGAUAUGGUACUUGUGCGCCGUGGCAAUAAAUGGCCUGGGUGGAAGACGGGAAUUCGAGGAGCUGCAGCUGGUGCUGGGAAAAGACUGAGCUCACAUAUCGAGUGGUUUGAAACAGACAGCUCCGGUCGCAAAUGUGUUUUUCGCGCGGAGGAUCCGCAGCGCACUCCGUCAAAGAAGUUGGAUCCGUUGUGGCGAUCAUGGAGUGGCCGAGUCCUGCUGGAGCGUGUCCCGGAUUCGACGAGGAUCGAGGCAUUCAAGGCUUUGCUGCACUUGCAAGCAUUGGAGUCUGCCAGAGAUGAGGGCUUGGCAGACUGCCUUUGA